CAGUGUUUGUGCUGGGCUGGGGAAGAUGGCGGAGGCUGCGGCUGUUCCACCGCAUCGGUUUUUCUGUCACUGUUGUAAGGGAGAAGUGAACCCCAAACUCCCGGAUUACAUCUGUCCAAGAUGUGAUACAGGGUUCAUAGAGGAAGUAACAGAAGACUCCAGUCUCCUAGAGGGUGGCGCUAAUGGGAUAGAUGACACAGCCACAGCCACACACUUUGCAGAGCUAUGGCACCUUUUGUUACUGGAGCGGCCAUUUACAGAUGGUGACCCACUUGAUUCAGAACCCCGGCUCCCUGGAGGGCGCUUGGGGGGUCUCAGUGACCUGGGGGGGUUGGGAGGGGGACCAAUUGGAGGGUCAGUCCCAGCAGGACUAGGGGGACCUAUGGGAGGUCUACUAGGAGCCGGGGAACACUGGGGACCAGGACGUCCCUCUCGCCUGCCAACCCAAAGGAGAUACCGGUCCAGAGGCAGCAGUAGGCCAGACCGUUCGCCUGCUGUGGAGGGGAUUGUACAACAGUUUCUUACCGGCCUCUUUGCGAACUCUGGAGUCCCUGGGUCUCCUCCUCUCUCAUGGACAGGGAUGCUGCACUCUAACCCAGGGGAUUACGCCUGGGGACAGGGAGGGUUAGACGCCGUGAUAACACAGCUACUAGGUCAGUUGGAGAACACAGGACCUCCUCCAGCAGAGAAAGAGAAGAUCUCUUCUAUCCCAACUGUCAGUAUCUCUCAGGAACAAGCAGAUUGCUGUAUGGAAUGUCCGGUGUGCAAAGAGGACUUCGCAGUGGGAGAGCCAGUCAGACAGCUACCCUGUAACCACUUCUUUCAUUCAGACUGUAUAGUACCGUGGCUGGAAAUGCAUGACACAUGUCCAGUGUGUAGGAAGAGUUUGAACGGAGAAGACAGCAGCAGCCAGCCCCCAUCAGAGUCCCCCUCCCUCUCCAUGGACCCCCGCACACAGGAGAGAUGGUCCUUCUGAGACACCCACCUGUCUCAUCCCUCGGUUCUCCUCGCCUACAUCCAGCAACACACCGGGAAGACAAAACGCUUCUCACUUUCCUCUUUUCAUCUCUGUUGCAGUCAUAAUCAUCUCAGUCAGAUUUUUUUUUUUUUUUUUGAAUUUUUUAUUUUCUAUUUUUAAUGCCUUUCUCCUCAACCAUGUAUGCAGACACUCGUACAGACGUCUUAACAGUGACUUGAGGUCUGCUUGAUCUCUUUUUUUGCCUAAUGACAAACCAACCUAGAUUGAUGAUGAUCUUCUCUACUUCCAUCCCUCAAGCAAACUCCUUUUCCAUCAUUCUUGAAAUGCACUGCUGCGACACUAUUAUGGGGAAACACCAGACUUUAUAUCAUUCACCAUGCCCUCUUUACUCAUCUGAAAAUUUGCUAAGUCCUGCAACUGAGCCCUGUACGGCAUAUGGGAAUACUAAAGCGGUUACUUUCACUCUUGGCAUUGACAGGGACUGAACCCGACAACAUAACACCUAUACCCCUGCAAUAAAUGUUAUGUUUAUGAAGGGUAUAACGUUUGAUUUUUGUUGACAUUGUGUCAGGAAGAUUUUGACUUAAGUCUGGGUUGGCCACAUUUGAAAGCUGUGAUAUCGAGUAAAGCAAGGGACUCCUAACGCGUUUCGGGACUCUUCUGCAUCUGGGAAAAAAAUAAAAUGUCAAACUGGUAAGGGAAUGAAAUAACAAAUUACGGAGCUCGGCCCAUUGCGUAAUUCUUUAGAUUAAAAAAAUACUCCUCCUGGUGUAUAUAUUACAAACAGAUGGCAUCCCUCUGUCAUUUUGUUCCUCUGUUUAUGGCUGUCUUUUGUUCAUUUUUAUCACUUUUUUUAUGUACAUAAUUUAAUUCCAACAACUUAUGGUUUGCAAAGAAAAAAAAAACAUUGAGAAUGGAGACACAAAUGUGAAAUACCUGGUUAUCAAACUGUAUAUUAUAUAUAUGAAAAAAUGUCUAUGAUGUAUUAAUAAAUUGACAAAAAACUGUAAUAGUUUGUCAUUGUUCACAACCACAUUAACGGAGUUGUCAUUUUAUAUCCUCUCUUCCCCCUAAAGUAGUUAAACAUUAA